AUGGACGCUAAUAACAAGGGCUGCUAUGACCGUGAUCCCCAUAACGAUGAUGAGAAGCCCCCUGACCGCGGCUGGGUUGUCCCACCCAAGACCAAGAACCCCUUCGUUCAGAUGAUCACACAAGAAUCUCUCCGGGAUGCACAGCAAGAAGAUUUGUGCAGAGUUAUGGAACUUCUAUCUGUUAAGGAGAAUGAGGCCAGAACUGCGCUCGUACACUACUGGUGGGACGUCAAGAAGGUGUCUGCGGUGCUGCUCGAGAAAGGGGCGAGCAACUUGUUUGCAGAAGCAGGAGUUUCGAUUCCAGAAGAAGACCAAGCUUCCAAUAAUACUCCCACCUUAGAACCUGUCAUAAGAUGCAGGAUUUGUUUCAUGCCCAAGAGCCACAUGACGAGAAUGAACUGUGGCCAUUGCUUUUGCAAUAAGUGUAAGAAACUCUCGUUGAGCAGGCGGAUCAAGUGCAUGGCACACCGAUGCAACUCCAUCUGCGAUGAGUCCAUCAUCAGAAAUCUCGUCGGUGAACAAGACGUCAAUUUAGCUGAGAAGUUUGAGCGGUUCCUCUUCGAAUCCUACAUCGAAGAGAACAAGAUGGUCAAAUGGUGCCCCAGUAUCCCACCCUGUGGGUAUGCCCUUCAGAUCAAGGACGAGGAUGAUUUGAUUUGCGAGGUUGAGUGCAGGUGCGGACGCCAGUUCUGCUUUGGGUGCUUAUUGGAGCCCCACUCUCCCUGCACAUGCUUGAUGUGGGAAAUGUGGGCUAAGAGCCGAGACGAGUUGGAGACUGAUAAUUGGCUCAACAUGAACACGAAGCGGUGCCCUGUAUGCCACAAGUGUAUUCAGAAGGAUGGCGGGUGCAACUCCAUGUACUGCCCCUGUGGGAACAAAUUCAGUUGGCUCCAUGCUAUUGCCACGGGAAAAGAGCACACAGGAACUGCUGUUGCAAAUCACAGCAUCUGCUGUGGGAGGAAAGAAAAUGAAGAGAGAUACACGUACUGUUACGCAAGUUACAUGGGACACAUGGAAUCGUUAAAGCUGGAAAUGAAACUAAAGGAUAGGAUAGAAAGGAAGCUAUCGACCUGGAAGGGAGCAUUGGUGGAAGAACGCUUAAAGAGCGGACUCCACAUGCUCUCCAUUGCGAGGCGGUUCCUCUCCCACUCAUAUGUGCUCGCUUUCUACAUGUUCUGGGACAAGUUCAGGAAUGAGAUGAGUAAAGAGGAGAGGAAGAGUAGGAAGAAAAUUUUCGAGGACAAGCAGCAGCAGCUUGAAGAUCAUGUGGAGAGGCUCUCGGGGCUCUUGAACAAGCCCUUUGAGGUUUCAAUGGAUGAUCCUUACAGCACACAGGUGAGUAUCAUAUAUCAGUCUAUCGCCACAGACUCUCUCUGCAGAAACAUGUACGACUUCAUCAAGAAUGAUCUCCUUGGGUCUCUGAGAUCUGGUCCCCUUCGUAUAGCUCCUUACAGGUCGGAAGGACCAGUGAGGGCAAUACUGCUAGGCGCUGUUACUACUGAAGAUAGUCAUUCUGAUAAUCAACAUUGUUAG